GCCUCCCGCCGCCCGGGGCCGCCGCCGCCGGGGCCGCCCGACGAUGAGGCGCGUGUUUGCGGUGCAGAGGAAGACGCCCUGCCUCUUCCUCACGCAGCUGCGGCCGGAGGAGCCCUCCCCCAAGCGGGAACAGCAGCCAUUUAAAGUUUUGGCAACUGAAACUAUAAAUCAUAAAGCAUUAGAUGCAGACAUAUACAAUGCAAUUCCUACUGAAAAAGUGGAUGGAACGUGUUGUUAUGUUACUACUUAUAAAGGUCGGCCGUAUCUUUGGGCCCGAUUAGAUCGAAAACCCAACAAGCAAGCAGAAAAACGAUUUAAGAGAUUUCUCUAUUCCAAGGAAAACACAAAGGAAUUUGUUUGGAAUGUUGAGGAAGACUUCAAGCCUGUCCCCGAGAGAUGGAUUCCAGCGAAAGAAAUAGAAUAUUUAAAUGGAAAUCCAGUCCCUGAUGAAAAUGGGCAUAUUCCAGGUUGGUUGCCGGUGGAGAAAAAUAAUAAACAAUAUUGCUGGCACUCUUCUGUGGUCAAUUAUGAGUUUGAAACAGCCCUUGUAUUAAACUGUCAUGCUGGUGACCCUGGCCUUCUAGAAAUCAGUGCAGUUCCAUUAUCUGAUCUAUUGGAACAAACGCUAGAACUCAUAGGAACAAACAUCAAUGCUAAUCCAUAUGGAUUAGGAAGCAAGAAGCAUCCUGUACACCUUCUUGUUCCACACGGAGCAUUUAAAAUAAAAAGUCAGCCUAGCCUAAAGCACAGCGACCUAUUGACUUGGUUUGAGAGUUGCCGAGAGGGUAAAAUUGAAGGCAUAGUGUGGCACUGCAGCGAUGGGUGCUUAAUCAAGGUCCAUCGCCAUCACCUUGGCUUACGCUGGCCAAUACCAGACACUCACAUGAACUCUCAGCCGGUUGUUGUUAAUAUAAGCAGCAGCAAAUAUGGCUGUGACCUGGAUUCUAAAUGUCUGUUUAGUCAUUUUUCUAAGCUUGAUAGUCAAAAAUUUGGCAGUCUGAGAGAUAUAAAGCUGGAUGGUUGAAGUGUUGUCCAGUGGAGUAAAGUGAAAUGUUGGAAGAGUACGUUUGGCUGAAUGAAAAGUGACCCCUUUUCUCUUUACAGCAAAAAGUGUUUAAAAUCGAAUCCAGAAAAUAGAGCGUUUGUUUAAGCCUUCCAUAUUUUUCUUAACUUAAAAACAGCUUUAGGCAUCAAUCGGGAGUGAGGGGCUGGAAGCUGCUUCUAGCAGCUUCAUGGUGCCUGGGCAGUUUUGUUUUGAAGGACAAAAACUGCUAUAAUUCCUGGCCUAGAUGGUUAGGGAUACAAUUAGGGGAGUGAAGUCUAUCCCAUUUGAUACUGGAAAUAGAAAAUAAUUCUCAACCUAAUUUUAUGAUCUUGAACAUGGGGUCUCAACUUUAAUUCAAACAGACUUAGUACACACUGGGCUACUCACGAAGGAAACUGGCUAAACUUCAAGAGAAACGAGUCACAUAAAUUCACAAGUCCAUAACUGUAAAUUGUAAAUGCUAAAUGAGGACUUUACUAUGACUCUAACACAAUAUUUGUCACACACUAUAUACACAUGCAUCAUUUACAACUUAUACUUCAUAUAAAGCGUAUAAAAAUAAUCCUAAUAUAUUAAAAUAUAAUGUUCAAUUAGAUUCUGUCAAUUUGACGGGAAUCAUUUGUAAAGAACGGAAGACUGGUCACUGAAACCUCUUUCACAGCUGUGCGCCUCUAAAGCUGGUGAUGUAAGUUGCUAUUAGGUGAUAGAAGCAUUAUCAGGACUAUCCGUUGGGACUCCAAAUUGUUCCGAGAGUUUUUUUAAUCUUUCUUCCAGGAGUAUAUUCUUUUUCACUUCUUCAUUGUAAUUAUACUUCAAGUCUUCAAUUUCCUCAAAAAAUGAAGGAUCCACAUUUUCUAGUUCUUUUUUUAGCUGUAUGAUUUCUUCCUGUGGGAAACAUAAAAUAAUAUUUGAAAUCACUCAGAACUAGAAAAAAACUUCCUAAUCCUACUGGAUAAAGUUCUGAGUGCCAGCAGCGAGUUAAGGAGACAGCAAUGUUUUUUAGGCUUUAAAUUGCAGUACAUUUUUUAAGGUUAGCCAAUAAUGCCAUUAAAAGCCUAUCCUUCACCUGAAUUAAUACAUUCUCUUGCCUCCAUGAAAUGUUUUUCUUUUGUUCUUUAAAUAGAAUAUCAGUAUCUUCAUAGGUUAAAAUAUUGACUUUUUCCAAACCUAUUUUAGAUGCUCUAGGUGACUUUUAAAGAAAAAGAAUAGAAAAUGUAACAUUGAAAGUUAUUUGGACAUCUUUCCUAAGUUUAAAUCUGAUGUGCAGUAUUCUAAUUUAUCUCCUGGUCUUCAGAACUAUCACUUUACUACAUGUAAUAAAAACAAGUAACAAAUAAACAAGUGUGGUUCAGUA